CCCUGUACGGGGUGAUGCUGAGCUGCUGGGCGCCGGCGCCCGAGGAGAGACCAUCCUUCACGGGCCUGGUGGGCGAGCUGAAGCGUGUCCUGGCCACGCUGGAGGGUGAGCACUACGUCAACCUGGCCGUCACCUACAUCAACCUGGAGCGCGGCCCCCCCUUCCCCCCUGCCCCCCCGGGGCAACUGCCCGAUAGUGAGGAUGAGGAUGAGGAGAACAAGGAGUAUGAGGAGGAGGAAGAAGAGGAAGAGGACACGGCCGUGUGCUGAUGGAGUGCCCUGCACCAUGGGGUCUCCAGGACCCCCAUACACUGAGGGCACGCUCCCCUUAGGGGGGAUGCAGCGUGCAGCCGGGUGCUAUGGGGCACCUUCCCUAUGGGAUGGGUGCUGGGAGGCAGCUGGGUGCUGUGGGGUGCCCUCCCACGGCCCACACCCGGACCCCAAUGGGUGCUCCCCAGGCUUGGUACCACACCAGUGGGCCCGUGGGGGUCGGUCCACCACUGGCUGGGUGCUGGGGGGCUCAGCCCCACAGUGGUGAGGCUGUGCUGUGGGGCCCCAGCUCAGCCCCAGUAGGUGCCAUGGGGUACCCUGACCCACCCAGGGUUCCCAUGGGGUUUCCAGCCCCUUGGCUGCUGGAA